AUGUCUCUCUUCCCACGAUUCACUCAGGAAUUCGCUCCUAUCUUCCGUCUCUUCGACGAGUAUGAUAGGCAAGCCUUCCGCAAUAUCGACCGGGAAUUCAACAACAUCAGAUCCUUCACUCCCAAAUUCGAUGUGAAAGAAACGAAAGAGGGUUACGAGCUUCACGGCGAACUUCCCGGUGUCGAGCAAAAGGACAUCAACAUCGAAUGGACCGACAACAACACGCUGACCAUCUCUGGUCGCCACGAGCACGUCCGCGAGGAAGGCCAACGUCCUCAGGGUUUCAUCGAAAACGGCGAAUCCUCUCAGCAGAAGAAGCUCGGCCACCAGCCCACCGUUGAAGACGACCCCAGCGAAACCAACAACAAGGUCGCCAAGCAGUCCGAGCACAAGGACGUCUCCAAGCAUGAUGAGAACAAGGCAAAGUAUUGGGUCAGCGAGCGUUCAGUCGGAGAGUUCCACCGAUCCUUUGCCUUCCCUGCUCGUGUCGAUCAAGACAGCGUCAAGGCUAGCCUCAAGAACGGUAUCUUGAGCAUCCUCGUUCCCAAAGCCCAGGCUCCUCAGCCUCGAAAGAUCAGCAUCGAGUAG